AUGACCACAGCCUUCAACAGAGCGGGAACACAGCUGAACUUAGUAGAAAUGGAGGACCAGAGAUUAAAAGACGAGAGACCAGCUGAGGAACUGAUGGAAGUCAAAGUGGAUGUACAGUCUGAAGAUCUGAACUCCACCCACAGUGACACAAGGCCGCAGAUUCAGGGCAGGGAUCCCAAAGGAGUUAACACGAUUCUGAAGGUCACGUUUGAAGAUGUGAUCGCCGAGCCUCCCUCGGUGCGGAGCUUUGAUAAAGUGUGGUUGUGGAGUCACGCCCUGUUUGAGGUGUCCAGACUGUGGAUGUACCGGCUCAUCUCUCUCCUCCUGGCGGUGCCGGUCUCUCUGGCAGCAGGGAUCCUCUUCGCUGUGCUAAGCUUCCUUCACAUCUGGUUGAUCAUGCCCUGUGUGCAGCUGCUUCUCAUCAACAUGCACUGGGUUCAGACUGUGUGGGGCAGCGUACUCAACAUUCUCAUCAGCCCAUUAUUCACUAGUAUGGGAAAGUGCUGUGGUCAAAUCACCAUCCAUCUGGCAACAGAUGAAGACAGAUAGAAAAAUGUGCCAAUGAUAAAGCUACAUCAUGAUUAUUAGUCAAUGAUUAUUUAGUAUCAUGGCUCACCUGGCAUGGUAUUUGCUUA